AUGGCUUCAAAUAUUUUGAUCGAUUUGAACGAACCUCCUUACGACGUCGAAGAUGAAGUGCCGAGAUCUUCGGAGAACAUUAUAAUCGAGUUAAAUGUUGAUGACGGCCCGGAAAUUGGAUACGCUGUUAUCGAGCUCGACUUAAAUCAGCUUUUCGAAGAAGAUGACGAAGCGAGGUCCGAUUCAUCUGUGGAAGAGACAAUUGGCCAGCAAGCCAAUGACGGAGAAAGAAAUAGAGACAUAGACGGAAUACUUCAAGGGCACGUAAUAUCGGGUGGACAAGAGAUUUUCAAUGAAUUUGACGGUCGGAAUGGUGAAACAGGGGAAACAAACCAAGGCAAUGUUCAAGGGAGAAAGAACAGGAUCCUAACUGACGUUGAACGAUGGGCAGUUUACCGCACUUUGUUGGAGAAAAGUGUAAAUGGUAAAUUGAAAAAGAACACAACAAAAGAAGUGAAAGAUAUGUUCAAUAUUGAGCUGCGAACAGUUCAAAGAAUAUGGAAAAUUCACAAGAGAACUUUACCAGGCUCAGAUGUGGAUGUUUCGUCGAGGAAGGCACGGAACUGUGGUCGUAAACGAAUUGAGGUAGAUUUUAGUAGGAUUCAACAGAUAGAGUGGCACCAAAGAACAACACUUGCAUCUCUUUCUAAUGCUUUAGGAGUUAGUUACUCCAAAUUGUAUAGACUUUUUAAGCGAGGUGUUCUACGUCGUCACUCAAGUGCCAUCAAGCCACAUUUGAAAGACGAAAAUAAAAUAUCGCGGCUAGAAUUUUGUUUAUCGAUGCUUGAUGAAAGCACAACGUCGAACGAGCCAAAGUUCAAAGGAAUGUACAACUAUGUGCAUAUCGACGAAAAAUGGUUUUACUUGACAAAGAAGGAGCAAACAUAUUACCUACUCGACAAUGAAGAAGAUCCUCAUCGUUCAUGCCAAAGUAAAAAUAACAUUGCAAAAGUUAUGUUUCUAGCUGCCACGGCGCGUCCUAGAUUUGAUGGUGAAGGAAGAGUGGUAUUUUCGGGCAAAGUUGGAUGUUGGGCGUUUGUCACUGAGCAACCAGCCCAGAGAAAUAGCAGGAACAGACAAGCUGGCACAAUGGAGAUGAAGGCGAUCACAUCUGUUAAAAGAGAGAAUGUGAAAGCGUUUUUGAUUGAAAAGGUUAUCCCAUCUAUUAUUGAGAAAUGGCCUAGAUCUGAUUAUGGAGAAACUAUUUAUGUCCAACAAGACAAUGCUAGGACACACGUUCUUCCUAAUGACCCUGACUUUGUAGCAGCAGCCUCACAAAAUGGCUUUGAUAUUCGAUUAACUUGUCAGCCCCCUAAUUCUCCAGAUUUGAAUAUACUUGACCUUGGGUAUUUUAGGGCGAUACAGUCGCUACAACAAAAAAUGUGCGCAAGGAAUAUCCCUGAGCUUGCCAUCGGAGUUUAUUCGCCAACGAGAAGUAGUGGUGCAGAGAUGUCGACACCGGCUGUAGGGUGGGAGGUUCGGCCGCGCGGGAGUUUGGUUCAACAACGAAGUUAG